AUGGACGAAAGUUUGAGAAACGCUGCUCGUAAAGGAAACGUUAGUGAUUUGUAUACAUUAAUUCAGAGAAAUGGGAAUGUUUUGAGACGCUUGGACGAGGUCGAGUUUAUCGACACUCCGUUACAUAUAGCUGCAUCAGAAGGGUGCAUGCGGUUUGCAAUGGAGAUGUUCAACUUAAAGCCAUCAUUCGCUAGGAAGCUAAACCAACAAGGUUUGAGCCCCCUCCACCUUGCCGUCGAGAAAGGGCAUAAAGAGAUGGCGCUACGUCUCUUGGAAAUCGAUACCGAUCUCACUCGCGUCAAGGGGAAGAACGGUGAGACUCCUCUGCACUACAUUAGUAAAGACGGUGACCAUGAUGGCUUGCUGGAUAGAUUUCUAGAGGCUUGCCCUGAGAGUAUCCUGGAUGUUACGACUCAAAAUCGAACCGCUUUGCAUAUUGCGGUCGAAAAUGAAAGACACGACGUUCUCCGAAUACUAACCGGAAUGCUUAUGAAGAAAGAUUAUCGUCGAGAAGUGGUGAACUGGAAGGACGAAGACGGCAACACCGCGUUGCACUUAGCUGCCAGCAAAAACCAGCCACAGAUGCUUCAAUUACUAUUAAACUGCAUGGCUGAUAAGCAUGCCACCAAUCAAGCUGGUUUAACCGCGCUGGAUGUUGCACAACAACAUAAUAACAAAGGAUGCAUUACUAUUCUGCUUGGCUGUUUGAUUCCACUAGUUUCAAACAUCAAAUAUAAGUUGGAGAAACAAAUUGUCAAGCAUGUGACAAAAGCAUCAUCGUUAAUUUUUCACGAUAUAGAUAAUAUAUCGGGCGAGGACCGCAGUGCCUUACUAGUAAUCCUAGGAUUGCUUCUAGCUGGAACCUACCAAGCCAGUCUUAGCCCGCCUGGUGGUGUUUGGCAAUGUGGAAACAGCUCAAAGAAAUUAGGGAGAUCGGUCAUGGAUCCAUCCGAGUUCCUUCUUUUCUUCAUUCCAACCUAUAUCGUGUUCAUCGUAACCUUUUUCCUAACACUAGCAAUGCUUAAACCUUUCCCGAGCGGUUUCAGGACGGCGAUUCAAGUACUACUCGCUUUCCUAGCGGUGUGUUUCGACCAGUCGAUCUCUUUCAUAACCCCAACCUCUUUAGCAUUAGCAGUCCAUAUCUUCUCAACCAUUGUUUUCAUGUUAAUGGUGUUCAUGUGUAUCACGUAUCAAGUAUCGAAAUUCAGCGUUUCGAUCGUCGGUUGUUGGAUGCUACCGUUUUACUUUUCGGGUGGAGAUGUAAUCCAAGUCCUGUUACUCCACUUUCUGUAUGAUGAAUUCUGGAAAGGAACCAUUCUAGUUGUAGGCUAUAGUUUAUUAUUUACAGUUUAUGCUAUCGUUGAUGCACAUGGUCAUGAUGAUGAUCAGAACCCCAUAAACAUCAUCAUGUACCCUAUAGUGUUAAUAGGAUGGUGGCUAUUCUUUCAUCUAUGUAGAUUCUGCAUGAAGCAGCGCACCUCUGGUUUAUAA